CGAAUUAAUAAAUUUAUGGUCUCUAAAGUGACAUAAGCUAACAACUUGUUAAUAUUUGAUAAAGAUUAGCCGAUUAUAACAUGCCAAGCAUUUAUAGCUCAAAAAAAUCUUAAUCCCCCCUGCAAACCAUUUUCCAUUCAAACUAUUUCUUCAGCCAUGGCCGGCAAAAUUGCAAAAUUUUCACCCAUUGAUCCCCAAGAAGAUCCCUACGGCUAUCUGGGCUUCACUCGGAACUCCGACGAUGGCUCAAUCAAACGCACUAAUGUCGCUCUUCCAAAGACAACCGUAUCUUCCUGCGACAACAAUCCCGAUCUCCAAGUCAAGGAUGCCGUCAUAAACCAAGACAAAAACACUUGGGCUCGUGUUUUCCUCCCCAAGAAGUCAAUCCAAUCCCAACCCAACUCCAAAUUCCCUCUGUUGAUCUUCUUCCACGGCGGCGGAUUCGUAGUUUGCUCCGCCGCCACCCCUUUCUUCGACAGUUUUUACACCACCCUCGUCACUGAUCUCCAAGUCGUGAUCGUGUCUGUGGAAUAUCGUCUUGCUCCGGAACACAAGCUUCCGGCAGCCUACGAUGAUUCCGAAGAAGCUAUCCAAUGGAUUACAUCUUCCAAAGACGAAUGGUUAGCCGAAUAUGCUGAUUUAUCAAACAGUUUCCUCAUGGGAAGCAGCGCCGGAGCGAAUAUCGCGUAUCACGUCGGGUUAAGAGCCGGAUCUCGCUCUAGUGGUGAUCUAGAGGCAUUGAAAAUUAAAGGGUUGAUUUUGCACCAACCAUUUUUCGGUGGAAUGAAGAGGACGGAAUCAGAACUGAAAGGGAUGGAUGACAAGGUUUUGCCUCCGUGCAUAACCGACAUUAUGUGGGAAUUGGCCUUGCCGGAGGGCGUUGACCGGGAUCACGAAUUCUGCCACCCGGUAAAGAGCUUCAAACCGGGUCAAUUUGACAAGAUCAAGGAUUUGGGGUGGAAGAUUUUGGUGACUGGUUACCAAGGGGAUCCGUUAUAUGAUAGACAAAUGGAGUUCGUGAAAACGUUGGAAGAGAGAGAUUUGGCAAUCGUAGCUAAAUUUCAAGAAGGUGGUUUCCAUGGUGCUGACACUUUUGAUCUUCCUAGAUUGAAGACUUUAUCUCAGGGUGUUAAGGAGUUCAUGGAAUCUGUUUUUUGCAAUUAAAGUCACCGUAGAUAUGUUUCUUUAGUUAUCAAGUUUCAUCUUUCUAAUCCAUUUUGGGUUUCAUCCUUGUAACAAUAAAAACUUUUAAGGAAAUA